AUGGCGCCAUCUGCAGGCGAAGCGCUGCCUUUGGAGCAACAGUCAGGGCGCAAUGCGCAAGGAAACCAUGUUCCCCUCCUUGACGCGUCCUGGGUGACGCCGCUGGACAUCCUCCCCUACACGGCGCCCGAAGCCUUUAUGGACGAUGCCUCUCGUGAACAGCGUCUGGACAUUCUCUUUAUGCAAACUCGAGACGUCGAGCAUCUGCUGCGUCUGCCCUAUCACGUGUUUUGGAGCCAGGCAUGCUUUGAUACGAAGUUGCACACGUUUCUGGAGCAUGUGCUUCGCAAAAGUCCGCGUCAACACGACGUGCUUUUGCAAUCAACACUCGACCCGGCGGUGGCCGAGGCUGAGUGGCGUCUAGCUCAGGCGGUGUUUCGCGUCUUCCUGAGGCUUUCAACACAUCGCGAGGACAAGCAGCACCACAUGUCUCCGUCUGCGUUCGGCGAGCUCAUUUAUAAUAACUGGUUGUUUGACGUACCCAAGCUCAUGGACCUUGCAGUCCUUUUCUCGACCGCCAAUCCACCUUUGGUAGCCAAGAUGCUCACCAACGUCUUCACUCACAGUCCGAGCUACUUUGAGGAUCUGACAGGCAGUUUGGCUCAACUGGUUCUAUUGUGUCAUCAGACUGCGCUUCAACACGGUCUUGAAGGCGUGUUGGAGGGUCUUGACCAGGCCCGGGCCAUCCUGGGCACCUCCAGUGAAAUGGUUGCUUCGUGGAGCAAGGCAAGCACGGAUUUGACUGAAGCCCCCUCCGAUGAAGUGGCUGACUUGCUUUCCUACGUGAUUGAUUUGGCCGUGACGCUGCGAGCGUUUGUACGCUCCGUACCACUGUGCCGCGAGCAAGUGCACUACACACAUCUCUUGGCCGGUGUCCUCGCGUUGGGCUCACAGGUCCUCGAGGCGACAGUGACACGCUAUGGACCAGCAACAGAUACGCCACUGGCCAAGGCCGAGGGCGAGGAUCGUUUUUUAUUUGCUCUGCACGCCCUGGCAGGUGACUCGCUGGCUGACUUUGUACACGAAGUGCUGUUGGUGCUCUUCUUGCAGCCUCUGCGGGCUGCGGCACCGGCGGACGAGGAUUUGCACGAAGAGCUGGAGUGUCAAUUGUAUGACGUGCUGGCCGACGUGGUGCAGGCCUCGUGGUUAUGUGGAGAGCUGACGGCCGACAAGCGACUAGACACGCUGUUGGCCGACUUGAAGGCCUUGGUGUUUGAUCAGGCCCGCCUCGACUUUUUUGUGACAGCCUUGGCCCAGAGUGGAGUUCCAGAGGCCAGCACUGUAGCUACAAGCGCAAGCAAGUCAUCUGCCGUUGGUCCAGCCACUUCUGCGGGUGCUGCUGCUUCUGCGGGUGCUGCUGCUUCGGCGAGUGCGGCCACUUCAGCAGGCACCGACCCGGCUGUUGAGCAGAUCAAGGAAAUGAUGCCCGAAUUGGGUCGAGAGUUUAUCCGGCAGGCAUUGGCCACUUGUGAUAGCGCCGAGCAGUUGGUGAUGAUGUUGCUGGAGAACAAUCUGCCGCCUGAACUCGCUGAUCUGCCUCGUGAUCUGGAGAGCCCAGUGCAGGUUGAGUCCAGAGCUACAACAGAGGUGCAGGCUCAGCAGAACGGCGAGCGCGACAAGGAUCGAGAUGGACUCGUGGCCCCCAGCGUAUACGAUAAUGAUCAGUUUGAUGUUUUCAGUGGCCGCGCGAUUGAUGCGAGUCGCGUGGCUCGCGGAAAAAGCAAGGGACGUCGCAAUGACACGCACCUGGACACCGCGGAUAAGGAUCGCAUUUUUCGGCAGUACGGCACGGUCCAAGACACUGCCCACCACAGUUCUGAAACCUCAGGGGCGGGCGCUGGUAUCAUGCCCAGCAACGUGGCGGAGGAGGAGUUUUCAGUUUCGCACGAAUGGAUGUACGAGGACGAGUACGACGAUACGUACGAUGGGUUGGGUGACGAGGGUGUUCUGGAGCCAACUCUGGACGAGGAGCUGGGGCCAAACCCCAAUCGGCACUUCAACGCUUCCCGCAAUGGGCAAAACGAUGACGAUGGCGAUGCCGAUGGCGCUUCCACCGAUGGACUAAGUUUGCCGGCCCCGGGCAAUUCCUCUGGAACGGGCAGUGCGGCGAGUGGGCCAGGUGCAGCACCCCAUCGAUUCAACACGGGCAAUGUGACAGCCGCACGAGGCCGAGGCGGGCGCCACACCGGCACGCCUAUGGCACGCGGGCGGGGCGCCGUCUCCGAGACGUGGCAUAAUCGUCGAAAGAAAGAGUCAAACAAGGGCAAAUAUGGAAACCACAACCGAAAGAGUGGUGCUCUCAAGAAGCAAAUGAAGGCAGGCUCGGUCCCCACGGCGCCAUCUUAG